AUGAAAACGCUGACACGCGAGAUUAACGCGACGCUGUUGGCAAUGGAGAACUCAGGUGCAAUAUCGCCAAUCGACCGACGCAUGGCGAGAACACAAGAAACGGCCCUAGCCCGAUUCUACGGUCUCCCAAAAGUGCACAAAGAGGGCGCUCCUCUCCGGCCUAUCGUGUCACUAAAGGGCACUCCAACCUACGGACUGGCAAAGUGGCUGUUCCAACGUCUCAAGUUUCUGACCUCCGAUUCGAACACCACAGUCAGCUCGUCAACGCAAUUCUUGGAGAAACUUAAAGGAGUAAGUCUCCUGCCAAGCGAUAUCAUGGUUUCCUUUGAUGUCACGUCCCUUUUUACUUCUAUCCCGCAGGACCUGGCAGUCGAGACAAUCGAACUACUCCUACGAGAGAAGUACGACGAAACGGAGAAUCGCCUCGGACACGCCCAAAUCAUCCAGCUCCUGAAGUUCUGUCUCAAGACGUACUUUACAUUCGACGGAACAAUCUACGAGCAGGUGAAGGGAACGCCAAUGGGUUCGCCGAUGUCGGGACUCAUAGUUGAGGCGAUCCUACAAAGGCUGGAGUCGCUGGUUUUCCGACACCACAGACCGAAAUUUUGGGCUCGGUAUGUGGAUGACACCUUCGUCGUCAUCGAACGGGAUCAGGUGCUGACGUUCAAAGAACAACUUAACGCCGUCUUCCCGGACAUUCAAUUUACGAUGGAGGAGGAGGAAAACAAUCAGCUGGCCUUCCUGGAUGUCCUCGUCUGCCGCAAAGUUUGUGGUGGCCUAAAAACCAAAGUGUUCAGGAAAGCGACGAAUACGACGCAAAUACUGAACUUCAAUAGCAACCACCCGAUCAGUCACAAACGCAAUUGCGUAAGGGCGCUAUACCGGCGUGUUGAGACGCACUGCAUUGAAAUGGAAGACAAGGUUGCUGAAUUACAAUAUCUUCGACGGGUAAUGAGAGCCAAUGGCUACCCGCGCAACUUUGUCAACCAGUACAUACGAAAAGGACACCAGAGACCAAAUCCAGCCGGCCCCAAAUUUUGGCGGGCUCUUCCGUACGUGAAGAACGUCUCGGAAGCCGUCAGUCGUCUUUUCACUCCACUUGGAGAUGGGGUUGCACACAGGCCGGAAGCAACUAUUAGAUGCCAAAUCAUGAGGCCAAAAGACCCGCUGUCACGGCAGGACACGUCUGGAGUCAUUUACCGGAUCUGGUGUAGUUGCGGACAGAGCAAUUAUGUCGGAGAAACUGGGAGAUUACUCCGUACGCGAAUUGCCGAGCACGCAGCAGCAGUGAGGCGAGGAGACGCUAACUCUCAAGUGGCGGCACACUCGACGGGACCUGACCAUAUUUUCGAAUUUCAAGAGGCCGAAAUCCUAGCAAGGGGUGACAACCGCGUGAGUCGCGAGCUGCUGGAGUAA